AUGUCUCUAUCCAAAUUUAUUUCAAAAUCGGCCGUCCGAGCGGCAUCCACCUCGGCCCAGACGACCAAAGCCGCCGGUGAUAUCUCAUCCGUCUUUCCUAGUUUGAGACCCGACUACAAGCCUGAGCCCCUCCCACCACGCUUCCAGGAGCUCAAGCGAGAGAUCUUUGAAAAAAACAAGGAUGCCUUGACGAGAAGUUGGGAACGUUUGCUCCCUAGCUUGGAGGAAGAAGUGCAACGGAUCAAAGCUCUUGGCAGCGAUAUCAUUCCUUCAAUUGAGUAUGCCGAUGUGGUGUCUGGAAAAGUCUCCGAGGCGGCACUGAAAGAGAUCCGCCAUCGGGGUAGCGUCGUGGUGCGCAAUGUGAUCCCUCAAGAUCAGGCCCUGGAGUACAAGCAACGAAUCCGCGACUAUGUGGCUGCCAACAAAGAGCGCGUGAAAGCUUUCCCCGCCGACUCCCCAGCUGUCUAUGAGCUCUACUGGACCCCCUCGCAGGCAGAGGCCCGUGGCCAUGACAACAUGCUCAACACGCAACGCUUCAUGCAGCAGUUGUGGCACUCUUCAGAUCCCAAUAGCAAGAUCUCGACUACUCACCCUCUGACAUAUGGAGAUCGUCUGCGAAUUCGUGAUCCAGGUGAUUCAAAGUUCACUCUGGGUCCACACAUCGACGGUGGCUCCCUCGAACGUUGGGAAGAUCCAGAGUACGCCCGAGUGUACACCAAGAUCCUGGAGGGCAACUGGGAGCAGUACGAUGCGUGGGAUGCCCGACACCGUCUAACCGCCAACAUGGAUCUGUACAACGGCGCCGGAGCCUGCUCGAUGCUGCGCUUUUUCCAGGCUUGGCUCUCCAUGUCCCACACCAAGCCCGGCGAGGGCUCUCUGCACGUUUGCCCCAUGAUCAACCACAGCACGGCAUACACUAUCCUGCGACCCUUCUUUGAGACCGAAGGAUCCAAACCGAUGCUAGACGCUACCUUCCCUGGAUCUGUGCCUGGUGCCUGUCAAGAGUACAACCCGGUCACACACCCCCAUCUCGACCUUGAGGCCACCAUGGUCUCGGUGCCGGAAGUGGCACCGGGUGACUUUGUGGCGUGGCACUGUGAUUCCCUGCACUCCGUGGACAAGGAGCACCGCGGAAAGCAUGACUCUAGUGUGCUGUAUAUCCCGGCGACUCCACUGUGCGACAUGAAUGUCGACUACCUCCUGAAACAGCGUCAGGCUGCCCAGAGCUAUUCCCCUCCCUGGGACUUCCCUGGUGCCGGAGGCCCCGGCGAGUCGGGCUUCAAGGGUGCUACUGAGUGGUCUUCGCUGAGCCCCAAGGCCCAGCGUGCCAUGGGCAUGGGCAACACACCUUGGGAAAUUACCGAUGCUAUGAGUGAAGGUGAAAAAGAGGCGAUUCGGUCGGCCAACAAGGCCUGUUUCGGAGUAUGA